CAGCGGCUCCUCGUCCUUCUCAUGGGCGUCUCUGGAUGCGGCAAGUCGACGACGGCUCGGCUCCUCCAGGACCGGCUUCCCAACUGUGUUUUCCUCGAGGGCGAUGACUUCCACCCGGCAGCAAACAGAAACAAAAUGACCAGCGGACAGCCCCUCAACGAUCAAGACCGAGCGCCGUGGCUCGCGGCCAUCCAUGCAGAGCUCGUGCAUCGAUGGCUCGACGCCGAUGGAGGCAUGUCGCCCGACACGAUUGUUCUGGCCUGUUCGGCGCUCAAGGCUCGAUAUCGCAGUGUGCUGGUCCCCGUCGAUGCGCCGUUUGCUGCCUUGGUGGUGUACUUGCGGGUUGACCGCGAUGCGCUAUCGCAGCGGCUCUCCGCGAGGACAGACCACUUUUUCAACCCAGCAUUGCUCGACUCACAGCUGAGCGCACUCGAGUCCCCG